UAUUCUCCUGGUGACAGCUGCUAAGCUGUGUAUGGCACAUCCAGCAGCAAAACACCUUCAAGUGUCAAUUUCUGAAAGUGCUGAAUCUCCUCAGUGCUAAGUACAAGGUCAGCUGGGACCACCUGUCAUGGAUCAACAGGGCCUCCACUAAAUUACAUGCAGUGUAUGAUGAGGGGCUUCAAUCAUGCUUCAUCACAGAAUAUGUGCCAAUCAGUAGAGAGCAAACAAGCCCAAGUGGCUAUAUAGAGUGGAGGAAAACAUUUAGCUCUGGAGGACUGGGGACUGACAGUGGCGUCAGCUUCAGGAUGUGUUCAACCAUGAUUUUUCUGGGCAUCUUUGUGGCUGUGUUGAGUCAGGUCUACACCCUUCCUCUAAAGAAUACCACUGAGCCAAAUGAAGGCAAAAUGAGAAUGAAAAGAAAGUAUUCAGAUGAAAUCAAAGAUUGGGAUGAAAUGACAGCGAUGGAUCAAAUCCUUGUAGUUAACAGCAGACUUCGAGCACCCCGAGGGAUAACGGUCAGGGAUGGGGACAUUGCGAGUACGUUUCCACGGAGUGCUAUAUCGUGCCCUGGGAACACCUGUCUGUGGCAAAAAUCAGUGGAUGGGUUUGUUUAUGUGCCUUACAUCAUGUCUCCUCUCUAUGAUGAUAUGGAUAGAAUUACCAUAGAAACUGGUAUGCAAGACAUUUCUGCUGGAACAUGUAUUAAGUUUGUUCCACGAACUCAUGAAGUCAGCUUUUUGGAUAUUCAGCCUAGAUAUGGCUGCUGGUCUUUCCUGGGACAGACUGGGGGAAGCCAGACUUUGUCCCUGCAGACCCCUGGGUGCAUGUGGUCUGGAGUGGCUGCACAUGAAUUCAUGCAUGCACUUGGCUUUGUACAUGAACAGUCUCGCUCUGACCGUGACCACUAUGUAACAAUAGUAUGGAAAAACAUCAUGCCAGAUCAAAUUCAUAACUUCAGGAAGCAGGCGACCAACAACCUGAACAGCCCCUAUGACUACAGCUCAGUCAUGCAUUAUGGAAGAUAUGCCUUCUCUGAAGAUGGUGGUCCCACAAUAAUACCAAGACCUGAUCCUUACAUUCCCAUUGGCCAACGAGAUGGACCAAGUGCUUUAGACUUGCAUAAAAUAAAUGUUCUCUAUGACUGUGGUGCCAAUGAAUAACUGGCUGCAGGAU